CCGUUUUCACCGAAGAUCCGGAAUAAUUGAUGUAAACAAAUCACCACAUCCAAAUGGGCAGAUGAAUGUUGUUUAUCGUAAUAGUCCGACUCGCUCGGGAAAAUCUGGUUCUUCAAGAAGUCGACCAGCGACAACCGAUUUGCAUAGUAGUGGCAUUAAACAAGACUCUGACAGUGAACGUGACAAUGCCUCGCGCAACAUAAUCGGCAGAGCUCAAGAUGCGGCAUCAGGCAAGAGUGAUGCUAAUCAAGUUUCGAAAUCUCUAAAUUGGUUGGUUGUGGAUCAGGCACUAGUUUCGAUAGAACAUCUGUAGUAAUUGAUGGAAAGAAAUUACCAGCCGUGAAUCGGCAGGAAAACAUCACUGAUCGUCAGAGUGCAGUCAGAUUGGCAGUAAGUGUUUCUUUCACCGAUCAAUCGCCUUCGAAGAAAUUAGAUAGUAAAGUUGCUAAACGGGACUAUGAUGGUGGAUACCACAAUGACGAUACAUCGAGCGACAUGAUUUUCAGAACUCUGGAUGCAGAAUCGUUCAAGACUGAUACUUCAGUUUCGAAUCUUGUGAAAAGGGAUGCUGAUGAAACGAUUGUUAGUGGAUCAGAUACUGGUUCUGGUAGAAGAUCUGGAAUACCUGAUGGAAAUAAAUCGCCAUUGCUGGUUCGGCAAGAAAAUAUCAUGAAUCGUCAGACGCCAUUUCCUAAUACAGAUUUUAUUCAAGACUAUGAUACUGGACACCAUGGUGACGCCAUCUCGAGCGAGUUGGUUGAUAUAGAUGAAGAUCCAGCAUUGGAAAAAAGUGGUAGUCAUAGUCCAGUUUCAAAACCUGUUAAAAGCGACGCUGAUGAGACCGUUGUUAGUGGAUCAGAUACACGUUUUGGUAGAAGAUAUAGGAUAGUUGAUGGAAACAAAUCACCACCAUCGGAUCGGCAAGAAAACAUAAUGGAUCGUCAGACGCCAAUUUCAUUAGAAAAAGCUGAUUCUUUCCACGAUCAAUCGCCUUCGACGGAGUUGCCUAAUACAGAUUUUAAACAAGACUAUGAUACUGGACACCAUGUUGACGCCAUCUCGAGCGAGUGUGUUGACAGAGAUGAAGAUCCAGCAUCGGAAAAAAGUGGUAGGCAUAGUCCAGUUUCAAAUCCAGUAUACUAA